AUGAGCGAGGAUCUGCCGUACAGGUCAAAAGGAGAUCUGGAUGAAGCUAUCGGAAACGAGGAUUUCGAUGGAGACGACGAAGAAAUUGACGAAACCGUGUAUAAGACCAUCAAGGAUGCUGUGCUGUUCGCCAUCGAGGUUAACGAUUCAAUGCUGAAGGUACCAGCAACAUCUACCUCAAAGAAGGUUGAUAAUAGUUCCCCCCUUCUGGCGGCUUUGAAAUGUGCAUAUCACCUCAUGCAGCAACGCAUCAUCUCUGCGCCGAGGGAUCUGAUAGGAAUCCUUCUCUAUGGCACGCAAGCAUCAAAAUUCUAUGAUGAAGACGAGAACUUCGGAGGCGGCCGGUCUUUCCCCCACUGCUAUCUCCUUACAGAUCUUGAUGUUCCAGAAGCUGAAGAUGUGAAGGCCCUGAAAGAAUUGAUUGAAACCGACGCUCCAGAAUCCGCCGAGAUCUUCAAACCAGCAGAAGAACCAGUCUCGAUGCACAACGUUCUGUUCUGCGCCAAUCAAAUUUUCCAACAAAAGGCUGCCAAUUUCACUUCGCGGAGACUGUUCAUCGUCACAGACAAUGACGAUCCUCACUCAUCGAAUAAGGGUUCUCGGUCACAAGCCACGGUGAGAGCCAAAGAUUUGUAUGAUCUCGGUGUUAUCAUAGAACUGUUCCCUAUCUCCACUUCCGAACAUUCCUUCGACACAAAACUCUUCUACGACGACAUAGUGUACAAAGCCUCUCCCUCAGAUCCCGAAGCAAUUGCCUAUAAUCCCCCGUCCAUUGUCCACGUUGCCGGCUCAAAACUGGCGCCGGGGACAAAUGAUGGGAUCUCGUUAUUGCAGUCUCUCUUGUCUGCAAUAGCGUCCAAAGUAACGCCGAAGCGAGCACUGUUUUCCUCUGUUCCACUUGAGCUUGCCCCCGAUUUUCGGAUCUCUGUCAAAGGUUAUCUGCUCUACAAACAUCAAAAGCCAGCUCGCAGCAGCUACAUCUUUCUCGGUGGUGAACGACCACAAAUUGCGACCGGAUAUACAGAGCAGAUUGCGGACGAGAAUUCCAAACCCAUUCAGAAGGCUGAUGUCCGUAAGGCUUUCAAAUUCGGGGGAGAGCAAAUCGUUUUCGCCGAGGAGGAAGUCAAAAAACGACGUUAUUUUGGAGACCCAGUCAUCCGAGUGAUCGGCUUCAAGCCCAUGUCCAGAUUGCCCCUAUGGGCGAACAUCAAGAAUUCUACAUUUCUGUACCCUUCUGAAGAGGACUAUAUUGGUAGCACACGUGUCUACAGUGCUUUGCAUCGCAAACUCUCCAAAGACAAAUUAUUCGCGCUAACUUGGUUUGUACCAAGACGCAAUGCGACACCGGUCAUGGCUGCCAUGAUUCCCACUCUCGCUGGUGAAGUAACCGAUGCAAAGUCCAAUGCAGCGGGAGUGUCUGCGACCGGCGCUCCUCAAGGCUUACAUUUGAUACCCUUGCCAUUCGCGGAUGAUGUUCGGCAAAAUCCUCCCAGUGCGCAUGACGCUCCUCUGCGGGCUCCAGAUGAACUGGUCGAUGCCAUGAGGCCGCUCAUCCAGCAACUGAAUCUCCCAAAGGGGACAUAUGAUCCAUCGAAGUACCCCAAUCCUAGCUUGCAGUGGCAUUACCGCAUCCUACAAGCACUUGCCCUCGACGACGAUAUCCCAGACCAGCCAGAGGACAAAACAAUUCCCAAAUUCAGACAGAUUGACAAGAGAGUUGGAAACGAGGCCAUAGAAUGGGGCAAAACAUUGGAAAAGGUUUUCCGACAAUAUCAAUCAGAGAACCCUGACACAGUCCCUAUCGGUUCGAAGCGGUCUACGAAUGGUCAAGCAUCAAAUCUGGGCGGAGGUAACAAAAAGGUCAAGACAGACACAGGUGAUGCUAUUAGUGAAGAAGAGGUCAGGAAACUUUGGCAGAAGGGUCAGAUUGGAAGUUUGAAAGUUGCUCAGCUGAAGGAUUUCUGUGCUCUGAAGAAGAUACAAGUGGCGGGGAAAAAAGCGGAUUUGGUCGAGCGGAUUGAGGGAUGGCUCGAGAGUAAAUGA